AUGCAGCCCUUAGAGGCUGCCAAUAAACGAAGUGCGUUUGAGACUGCAGCAAGUCAGGAGAGUUACCGCGUGGCGGAUUUGGAGUUGGCGAGCUGCAGGCUACACGGAGGCGCUGCCGUGUUGUGUUCAACCGCUGGUAAAGUUGGUCGCAAAGCUCGCAGUGCCGCUGCGGGAGCCACACUAUUUUGGCUCACCUGCCCUUACCUGAACAUCAUUGUGGCACGACUUGAGCGGCAUGGUGCGAUCGGCGCACUGCAGCAGCUCGUAGAUGAAAAUGGGAGGGUGGCCGCUCAGCACGUGGCUUCUCAUGCACGUUACGAAGAACGUGUCCGAUCACUUUUGAGCGACCAGCGGUGGGCAUUUUUUGAUUCGCAUUUUGUUUCGAUUCCCGAGUCAUCGGGCGGUCGCAAGUACGGUAACGGCGCUGUGGGUCACGCGAAGGAUCUCAAGUGCCUGCAUGCCCUUGUUGCCCAGUCACUGUGCGGUGCUCCCAAUCCCAUUGGGGAUGCCGUUCUACAAUAUAUAUAUCUUUUUUCGAAGAAGGUUGAAGCUCUCCGGAGGCCAACAAAGAGUUCCCAUCUUGAGGAAGGCGGAGAUGAAGCGGAGGAGGAAAAUGGUCUUGCGAGUGCAAGGUUUUUUGACGACAUCUCUGUAUUUGUAGACUUUGUCGAGGGCUGGACAAAGAAGAAUGAAGAGGAGCGUGCGAAUUUGCCAGUUGCGUUGGACGCGGACGAUUAUUGCUCCGCUGCAUGCAGUGUACUUACCUUUCUGGAGGGACGGCCGCCGAGGCUACGCAAGAAACAUCGCAUAAACUGA